AUGCCUCCCAAGAUCGAUCCCAAUGAGAUCAAGGUCAUUCAUCUCCGUGCCACCGGUGGUGAAGUCGGUGCCUCGUCGGCGCUAGCUCCCAAGAUCGGUCCCCUCGGUCUUUCCCCAAAGAAAGUCGGAGAAGAUAUCGCGAAAGCAACUGGUGACUGGAAAGGUCUUCGUGUUACCGUCAAGCUUACGAUCCAAAAUCGUCAAGCUCAGGUUUCCGUUGUUCCAUCCGCUUCAUCACUCGUAAUCAAAGCCCUGAAGGAGCCCCCUCGUGAUCGCAAGAAGGAGAAGAACAUCAAGCACACCAAAUCUAUAUCUCUGGAUGAGAUCAUUGAGAUUGCGCGGAAGAUGCGAUUCAAGUCAAUGGCCAAGGACCUGAAGGGAACUGUAAAGGAGAUUCUCGGUACAGCAUUCUCAACGGGAUGCCGUGUUGAUGGCCGCUCACCAAAGGAUGUCAGUGACGACAUCGAGGCUGGUGAGAUUGAGAUUCCCGAAGAAUAG